AUGAAAGCUAAGUUGACUUUAAGACAUCGUAAAAACCAAAGCAAGACUGAAACAUGUCCCUUUUUUUUGUCUUCAAGCAACACGUCUGAGACGUUACCUGUCUCCGCUACAAAGAACAUAGCGUGUGUGGGUCUCUCUCCUGAUGGAAACUUGGCGAUAGUAGUGGAUGAAGAUGGCGCAGCCUUGUUGGUCAGUCUCAUCACCCGAGCCGUCCUUCAUCACUUCCACUUUCACAAGCCUGUCAGCAGUAUCCGUUUCUCACCUGACGGCAGGAAGUUCAUUGUUACGAAGGAGAAUGUAGCUCUGAUGUACCACGCUCCCGGGAAGCAGCGGGAGUUUAACGCCUUCGUGUUAGACAAGAGCUACUACGGCCCUUACGACGAAACCACCUGCAUCGACUGGACAGACGACUCCAA